UUCAGCAUCUGGUUCAACGCGGCGUUCACAGCCUACGUGCAGACAGACAUGAGCAAACUCUGGUAAAGAAAGAGGAAGUUUCUUGAUCCAUUCAAAACAAGAACAGUCUCCUGCUGGUGCCGGUGGAGGUGAUGAUGCUCCUGAAAAGCUUGUGUCUGGCCUUUCUCCUCCCGGCCCUGGUGGAGGCUCAGUAUGAGCAGUACAGCUUUAGAAGUUUCCCUCAGAAGGACCUCAUGCCGCUGGACUCUGCGUACGGCUUCGCGCUGGAGCAGUACGCGGCGCAGAACUGGGCAGAGAGCAUCAAGUACCUGGAGCUCAGCCUGCGACUCCACCGGCUGCUGCGGGACAGCGAGGCUUUCUGUAGCCGCAACUGCAGCUCCGUCAGCCGGGACAACGACACCCUGUUCGCCGACAGCAGCCUCCGCGUCGUGCGCCACAUCCUGCUGAGGGCUGCGUGCUUAAAAAAGUGCAAGGCGGAUUUUCCAGUGUUUACCCUCGCAUACCCUCGGAGGGAUGUGCUGGAAACUUUCGAGAAAAGGAUACCGUAUCGGUACAUACAGUAUGCAUACUACCAGCUUAACAACUUGGAGAAGGCUGUGGCAGCGGCUCACACCUUCCUGAAGAAGAACCCAACUGAUCCCUAUUUGACCAAGAACAUGAACUACUACAAGACGCUGUUUGAUGUGGAAGAAUAUCUUAACGACCACGAGGAGCAGCCGUAUGAAAGUGUUUUCCUGAAGAGUGUCAUGCUUUACAACAACGGAGACUUCAGCAGCAGUGCCCGAAACAUGGAACAGGCCAUCACACAGUACUUUGAAAUAUACAGUGGCUGCUUAGCAGGCUGUGAGGGCUCAUAUGAGAUCUUAGAGUUCAAAGAUUUCUAUCCCACGCUUGCAGAUCUCUACACUGAUGUGCUGAAAUGUAAGGUAAAAUGUGAAGAGCACCUGACACCCAGCGUUGGAGGCUUCUUUGUGGAGAAGUUUGUAGCCACCAUGUAUCAUUACCUGCAGUUUUCCUAUUAUAAAUUGAAUGAUGUAAAGAACGCUGCUCCGUGUGCAGCCAGUUACAUGCUGUUUGACCGUAAAGACCAGGUGAUGCAGCAAAAUGUAGCGUACUAUCGCUUCUACCGGGAGCAGUGGGGACUGGAGGAAAGUGACUUUCAGCCUCGGCCUGAGGCCCUGAGGUAUUUUAACGAGACAACCAAGCAGAAAGAGAUGCUGGAGUUCGCCCUGAACUACCUGCAAACAGACGAUGAGGAUGUGGUAAAUCCAGAAGAAAUGGCCACCUCUUCCUCAGAGCAUCUUGACACUGAGUUUGAGGGUAUGGGAGACUACGAGGAGUCCUUCCUGGCUGAGUGGUGGCAAGAACCCAAAACUAAGUGGGACACCGGAGAGGUCGCAGACUGACAUCUGUCCUCAUCUCCUGUGCAGAACGCUUCCUCAUCCAGCUCUGUCCCACCUCUCAUGACAGCAUACCAAAGGAUGUUGACCUCCCUACAGACAGACACCUACAGAAAAAGCACAACUCUCGCACAGCUGUGUACUUUCACCCACCUGAAGAAUAAACGGACAAACAAACUUAUCCGUCAUGUUGAUCAAGAAGAGAGAUUGACAUAUUCUGUCUUGGCUGUCAUCAGCCUUUUAAAACUGUUAUUUUUAUAAUCAGUCAUUGGCCUGCAUGCCAAUACUUGUUAAUGACUUUUCUACAGUUUUAAUUUAAUGAAAGCUGAAUGACUCUGUGUCAUGGUAUAAGGAAGGUGACAUGUAGCUUUCCUGAUGCUGAACGAUUUGUCAACCACCAAUUGGGUUGUUAUAAUUUUCUCAUAAUUAAAGUAAUAUUUUAAUAUA